CCGGCUGACCCACCGCUGCUCCACAGGCCCAGCCGGAGCAGAUCAAGACGCUGGUGCAGGCGAUGGACAACUCGGACCUGGUUACCACCAACGGCUUCAGUAUAGGCGACAUGAAGUACGUCUACCUCUCCAGCAUCCCGGGCAAGGUGAUCCGGGGCAAGGCCAAGGGCCAGAAGUCGGGCGUGCACGUCUGUCUCACCAAGCAGGCCAUCAUCAUCGGUCGGUACAGCGAUCCCGUAACGGGAGGAGAGGCGGCCAAAGUCGUGGAAAACCUAGGCGAUUACUUGACGGGCGUCGGCUAUUAAAUGUGAGUGGCCAAGGCGUCGCCGCAAUGUGGCUGAGCCUGCCGCGGCCGCACCGGCCUCCGCGGUCGGCGCGCAGAGCCGGCGGGCCGGCGCCGCCCCCCGCCCCCUGCCCGGCCGGCACGCGCACAACGGGCCGUCACAUUCCAGGACCCAGGACGACCUCCGGCUGCCGCCGGGGCCGGCCGCAGCGGGGGCGGCCCGACCCCACUUCCAGCGCCGCCUCCCCGACACCCCGCCACCCCCGGUUUUGUAAUAUUGUUUUGUAAGUGAGAGCGAGCGGUCGGCGUUUCUCGCGGCCGGCCUGGUGCGCCGACGGGCCGCCGCCUCUUGUUUAGUCGUUCUUCGCGUUGGCUAAAUUUCGGCGGCUGCGAGUGCGAGUGCGCGGGCGAGUGCGUGAGUGCGCGCGCGAGGAGCGCCGCCCGGGCCGGCGGCGCCCGCGUACGAUUGGAGGAUUUGGCGGCAUUGCGUGUGUGCACGGCGCCACCGGGCUGUAAACCGUCGAAUCCCGCAGGCCACCGGCCUUCAAGGUCAAUCGGACGAAAAACCGUGAUCCAGCAUGGCGACCAAGUCAGCUUACUUAUACUUAAGUGAUGUUAAAACCCGAGAUAAUUAUCUGAAUCAAAGUCAGGCUUCCUCUUCUGUGAAUAACCGUGUGGUGUGAAUUUACUCGCUCGGAUGCGACGUGUUUGUUUCAAAUCUAAUCUGAAAAGUUGUUUUCUUCUUGAAACAGGGUUCUGCUUCUAUAUUCCAGUUCUGGAGUAUAUAUCGCUUGCCUAGUUUUGUAUCUUCGUUAAGCUAUGUAUUCUGGGUCCCGUUAUGUUUUUGUACUAAGCGAUUGAAGGCCCCCAAAUAAAUUUAUUCAAAAGUU